AUGGAUGGCUGGGUCUACAGUGUUUUGCUUCUCACUCUCCUUUCUGCCGUAGUAAAUGCAGCCUACGAGGAUGCAAGAUGCAAAUACGCCCAGGGAGUUGGUGUCAAUGAGCCGUCAAGCUCCGGCGGAGGACCAAGUGCCGUGGUAAAUCGAGCCCGUGAACAACAAUCGCGCUGGAAGGGUCGCAUUGAAGCUCAGCGAGACCGAGUCUUCAAUGAACGCACCAUCCUAAACUAA